AAGAGGGGUCUUAAGUCUUAACUCUCAUGUAGGGUUUAGUGUCUUUCGCUUCCUAGCAGAGCAGAAGCCGUAACUAACAGCUUCUUUCCACUCCAAAUCACCACACAAAGAAAAUCCACCGAUCAACAAGAACCGACCUCUCUAUCUCCUUCCCUCUCUGUAGAGAAUCACUAUUGCUUAAUCAUCGAUUAGAUUUUUAUAAUUUGUAUUAUUAUUUUUUAGCGGCAGCAUGGAAGAUAUAUUGAUAAGUAGUAGUGAAACGGAGAUGAGAAUCGAAUCGGGUGUGGACAUUGAAAACGGAUCCAAGGUCGAUUCUACUUUGAAACGAAGUGCAAAGUUUCAGCUGGCGACUAAACAUUACAGUGGUUUCAAGAACAGCACUGCUGAUUUUAAGAUUGAGACUUUAAAUCCUGAUAAUAAUUCGAGAAAGAGAUCCUUCGGGUAUGACCAUCACCAUCCGGGUCAUUCUGGGAAGAGAGUUGACGGGUCCGAUUUUGUCGAAAAUGGGCUUGAUCCGGAGCUUUGUUUUGGGAUCACUUUCAGGAGAAUUGGUGCUGGCCUUGAAAAUCUUGGGAACACUUGUUUUCUCAAUUCGGUGGUGCAAUGUCUGACAUACACUGAGCCUUUAGCAGCAUAUUUGCAAAGUGGAAAGCAUCAAAAUUCAUGUCAUGUUGCUGGAUUUUGUGCCUUGUGUGCCAUCCAAAAACAUGUGAGCCGUGCUCUACAAUCAAGUGGGAGGUCACUAGUGCCCAAGGAUCUUGUCUCAAAUUUGCGGUGCAUAUCUCGGAACUUCCGAAAUGCAAGACAGGAGGAUGCGCAUGAAUAUAUGGUUAAUUUGCUGGAAUCAAUGCAUAAAUGCUGCUUACCUUCAGGAGUGCCAAGUGAAUCCCCUGCCGCUUAUGAGACAAGUUUGGUACACAAAAUCUUUGGUGGUAGCCUUUGUAGUCAGGUGGAAUGCCAACAAUGUUCUUACUGCUCCAACAAAUUUCAUCCAUUUUUAGAUUUAAGCCUUGAAAUAGCCAAAGCAGAUACCUUGCCAGCUUUACUUCGGAAUUUCACUGCUGCAGAGAUGUUAGAUGGAGGAGAGAAGCAUUAUCAAUGCCAGCGAUGCAAGCAGAAAGUUAGGGCUAAGAAAUGGCUUACAAUUCACAAGGCACCGCAUGUGCUUACAAUACAUCUAAAACGGUUUCAUGCACAUGAUCCUGGACGGAAGGUUGACAGGAAAGUUAUUUUUGAUCGUUCAUUGGACAUGAAACCAUUUGUCAGUGGUUCCUAUGAGGGGGAUUUAAAGUACAGUCUAUAUGGUGUUCUGGUACAUUAUGGACACAAUACCCACUCUGGUCAUUAUGUCUGUUUUGUUCGGACAUCAAGUGGUACUUGGCACCUUCUCAAUGACAAUCAGGUUCGUCAAGUUAGUGAGAAGGCUGUUUUAGAGCAGAAGGCUUAUAUGCUCUUCUACGUUCGUGAUAGAAAAAGUAUUGUUUCAAGAAAACCUGUUGAUGUUGUUCAAAAAGAAAGUAUGAAAGCAACCUUUGGCAAUAACUUUGCUGAUCUGGUCGCCAAGCAAUUCUCGAAGGAAUGUGUGGGUGGUGGUUUGAUUGGGAAUAGAUUGGAUGCUACUGACUCUCCUGCUGCUAUGAAUAAAAAAGAUGCAUCAAGUGUUGUUACAUCAUCAGAGAUCCAUCCCAAAGACACAUCAUUUCAGCAAAGCAAUAGGCCAACAUUGCUGAAAGUGGAUUCUUCUUUAGAAACUUCAAGUGCACCAUUGUCAACAGACCCAUCAAAAUUGGCAAAUUCUCAGCUUAGAGAAUGCUUGCCACCUUCAACUGCAUCUCUGAACAGCAAUAAUGUUGCUCCUAAACUUGAAAAUGCUUCUAUUAUUACUGAGGCCAAAACCAGUGACUGUAAGGAGCCAUGUAGCAGCAGCAGUGGCCCCCAAAGUUCUGCUAUUGACAAACUUGUCACAAGGGAGACCUCACAAAAGAUUAAUGUUGACCAAAAUGUGGGGGUUUCAAGCCAAGCUCCAUGUGAGGAUUCUUGUCCCAUUGAGAGUCCUGCUUGGAAAACACCUAGUGAUAAGGCUGGUGAAGGUGGGCAAUAUAUUGUACAUCAGUUGGUUGAGGGUUUAAUCCCAACAGCAUCUGUCCCAUCUGUCAUUCAAAAUGAAUGUUUGCAGAGCAAAGCUCCUGAUUGCUUACCUAAAAAGAAAUUAAAGAACAAGCAUCUGAAUCGUAGGAUGCAUCUUGGCACAAACUUAUUCAAGGUGUCCUUGGGCCUUCAAAGGAGGGAAAAGCACAAAAAGAGCAAUUGCCACACUUCGAAGACCAAUAAUCUCAUUAAAGAAAACUUGCAGGAGCAGCCAGAGAAAGAUGGUUUUUCAUCAGAAUUGGGGCCAUCUACAUCCAAAAUCUCAUCUACAGUUUUAUUGGCGUCAAUGAAUUCUCGGAGGAAGAUGGCUAAAUCUGGUUCAAGAAAGGGAGAUAAUGUAAGAAACUGCAGUGAUACAGGUGUGGUAGAUGUAGAAUCUGUGGAGAGAAUUAGUCCAAGCAGUGCAGUGCUUGCAAUGGAUGAGCAGAGACGAAAGAUCUCUAUCUCAAUCUCUGAAGUCAACCAAGGAGAUCCAAGAGAACCUGACUGCUCAGAAAAUAGCAAAAGAUAUGCAUCACAGAACAGGAUGAUGGGGGUAAUAACUGGGGGUGUGGACGAGACUGUUGCACCUUGGGAUGGAAUAGCAAUGCCACCUCAGAUUGUGGAAUCCAAUGGGGUAGAAAAUCUCAGCACUGGUUAUGUAGCAGAUGAGUGGGACGAAGAAUAUGACCGAGGUAAGAGAAAGAAGCCAAGGCAAUCUAUGCACAACAUUGACGGGCCAAACCAUUUCCGAGCAUUCGCUACGAAGAAAACAAAAGUUAAGAAGGCCAAGAUAGACCGAUCUUGGUCUGGAAACCAGCCCUUCAGGAUAUGAAGCUACAUGACUUUCGCUUGUGGGAUCAUGAUUUGUCGACAUGCUGUUACAUUCUAUGCAGCAAUUGUUGCUGUGUUUGGCCUGAAUUGCCUUAGCGGCCUAACGUCAAAUCUUUGAUGCUUACCAAUUUUGUUCUCUUUCCUACUUUUUGAUGUUUACUGAGGGAGUGACUUUAGUUAUCCACAAAGCCUUGGGUGACUGAUCUGAAAAAAGCUUAAAAAUGUGUUAGAAUCGUUCUGUUAAUAAGAGAACAUUGUUUGUGGUGUAUAA